AUGAUACCAGAUAACGUGACGCUGAUUGUUAAGGCACCGAAUCAACAAAUUGAAGAUCAGAAUAUAGAAUGCCAAUCGUCAUGGACUGUACGCCAGCUGAAAGGACAUCUUUCCGAAGUGUAUCCUAGCAAACCGAGGACAGAAGAACAGAAGAUAAUCUACUCUGGCCAACUGCUGGACGACAACACUAUAUUAAAAGACGUAUUACGCACGUACGAAAGCCAGAUCGCGCAUACUAUGCACCUGGUGUGCUCACCAAAUAAAAGGAUGCCACCGCCACAGAAGACCCAACCCCCAGUAGAACCUCCCACUGAUGGAUUGAGGCAGAGAAAUGUACCAACGACCAAUACUGCCAAUCCGACCCCAACCGAACCCCGUCCAGAAAUGAGACAGAACGACCAAAACCACAAUGUUGAGAUGCAGAACUAUUUGAGUUCAUUCGUGAACAACUAUGGGAGAGUGCCUCCGUACCCAAACUAUAAUUUUGGAGAAGGAUACCUCCCUGUGCCGAAUGACCCAGCGUUGUUAGCCAACCACAUGAUGAUGAUGCAGCAAGCUUAUAUGCAAUACAUGCAGCAGUAUGCCAACAUGUGGCAAGCGACCACCACAGUGCCUGGCGCCGCAGUAGGCACUGGGCCCGUCCCAACCACGGAGCCUCCGCCCGCCGCGGCCGCGCCACCCGUCGUAGGGGGAGGGGAGGAAGAAGAAGGCCAGGCCCAGGAUUGGCUGGAGCAAAUUUACGCGGCUUCCCGAUUGGCGAUCCUGCUCUCUCUGGUGUAUUUGUAUGGCAGCCCUGCAAGGUUGCUUCUAGUGUUACUGCUGGCAGCUGCUGGAUACCUACACCAAAUUGGUUUCUUCCGUGAUCUGCACGCCAACCACGAGGUGGCACAACCUGAGAACCAGCCGAACAACCCGAACCAGAAUCAACCUGACAACCAAAAUGUACCCGGCAACCAGAAUCAACCGGAAAACCAGAUUCCACCGGGCAACCAAAAUCAGCCUGGCAACCAAAACGAAAAUGCCAGCAAUCAACCAGAAAGUCAACCCAUCAACCCACAACCUGCAGCGAACGACCAAUCUUUACUGGCAGUGGGAUGGAUGAUUUUCACAUCGUUCUUCGCUUCCUUGAUACCGGAGGCAAAUUAA